AUGACCUCCAUGAUUUUGACAUUGCCACCAGCUUCAGCUGAAGAAGGUAAACUAUUAAGACGUAAGUAUGCAUCAUUUCCACUCAGCAAAGAAGAAUCUUUACUUAAAAAGAAAUAUGAUGAAGGCAAACGUAAGCCUGCACCGAAGGAAAAGACCAUUAAAUCAGCCAAAGAAACUUCAACGAUACCACUCAAACGAUCAGGAUCGUUAGAUAGCGAAGAAAUUAAGAGAGAAACGAUUAAAAAAUUACAAGCUUUAGGACGAGUAAACUCACCUGCCACCAAACAAGCUAUAAUUAGUGAAGAUGCUACAAAAGAGACAAAGGAUAGCACCUCAAAACCUGUGACGGAGGAACCCGAAGAAAACAAGUUAAUUCCCUAUAAUUUUAUCCAGGGUAAUACGAUCUAUGUAACUGGCCGCGGUAUUAGUGAGAUGGUACUAAAGAAAUCAUUUACUGAGUUUGGUCGUAUACUAUCAAUUAAUAUGGAAGCAGAAAAAAAUUGUGCCUUCAUAACUUUCGAUAGCUAUGAAGCGACAUCACGCGCUAUAAAUGAAAUGGACAAUACAACGGCCGGAGGCGUUUCACUGAAAGUAUCAUAUUCUAGAAAACAAAAUUUUGUUUAUAUACCAGAUAAAGUUGCUACUCAUUCUCCUUGGGCUAGAGCUGCUGCAGGACAAGUCGAAGUGCCGCUGUUAACUUUGUAUUUGAGAUUAUUGUAUAGUGUAUACCCUCAGACAUUCAGCAAGAUGAUAGCAGUUAAUUUAAUAGUCAUUGAGAAGGCCCUGUAA